UUCCCUUCCCCGUUCCUCACUCCGGUUUGAACCCACCCCGCCGCCCACGCAUUGCCAUCGCCAUUGCCCACACGGCGUCAUCACCCCCCUAUAAAAAUGGAGGCGACGACACCCCGACACUUGUGACGUAGACAUUCUCCUCUCCUCUCCUUCCACUACACGGCACGCCACUCGCCAUUUCUGUCACGCACACGCUCUCACGGUCUCACUAGCUACCACUACUCCGCUCCGCUGCAAGCUAGCUGCUCCGGCGCGCGGUCCGGAGCUUCAGCGAGGCGAGGGGAUGGCGAGCUCCCGUGGGCGGUGGGCGAGCCCCGAGCGCACCGUCGUCUGGACCGAGCCGCCGCCCAAGACCACCUCCGCCACCACCAGGCGUCAUGGUCACGCUCACGCCGCGCCGCCCACCAAGGUGCCCGUCGUCUACUACCUCUCGCGCAACGGCCAGCUCGACCACCCGCACUUCAUGGAGGUCCCCGUCUCCAGCCCCCAGGACGGCCUCUGCCUCCGCGAUGUGCUGGACCGGUUGGCCGUGCUCCGGGGCGCCGGCAUGGCGGACGCGUACUCCUGGUCCUCCAAGCGGAGCUACAAGACCGGCUACGUCUGGCACGACCUCACCGCCGACGACCCCGUCCACCCCGCCAGCGGCGCCGAGUACGUGCUCAAGGGCUCCGAGCUGCUCCGCCUCCUCCCGGCGCCCGCCUACCCGCGCGACGCCUCCGCCGGCUCCUCCUCCUCCUCCUCCUCCUCCUCCAGCUGCCAGGCCGGUAGCGAGACUACCAAGAAGAUGCCCGCAGCGGCCGUUAGCAGGGCCCACGGCCGGCGCAAGAACUGGAGCUCCUUCGACCUCGGCGAGUACCGGGUGGCCGCCGCGCGCGGCGGGGCCGGGGCGGACGCGGCCACGCAGACGGACGACAGGUGCGGCCGGCGCCGGGGCCCCGAGCCUUCGCCGCCGCAAGAGCCGACGACGGAGCUGGGCGCGGACGAGAUCUCGCCGCCGCCGUCGUCCAGCAGCCCCGACACGCUCGAGGCGCUCAUCAACAACGACGUCCGCGUGGCCGCCGCCUCGAACGCCAUCGGCGCUCGCCGUGAGGACGAGGAUGCGGGGCUGGCGCAGCAGAGCGUGAUCGCGGGCGGGCGAAUGCGCGCGUCGGCGGUGCUGAUGCAGCUCAUCUCCUGCGGCUCCAUCCCCGCGGCCCCCAAGCGGGACGCCGGCCCGGGCGGCGCGAGGUACACGGCGGAGCGUAGGCUCCCGCGCGGCCGGUCGGACCUGAGCAGCAGCACGGCGGCAGACGGGUUCUCUGGCAGCAUUGGCGUCGGCGCAAGCAUGGAGCGGGAGUACUUCAGCGGCAGCCUGGUGGAGACCAAGAAGUCGGCGAGCGGCGACCGUGCCGGCGUCGGCGAGCUGGGCGCACUGAAGCGCUCGUCGUCGUACAAUGCAGACAGGGGCAGAGAAUCUGCAAUGAACACUGCUGCCAGUGGUAGUUGCAAGCUGGAGCUGGCAGCGGAGGAGGUGGACGGCGUCCGCGCCCGGUGCAUCCCGGCCGGGAGGAAACCCAGCGGCGGCAGCAGCAGCAAGAAGUCUCCGACCACCCACGUCCACGUUAGCAGCCGGCGCGGCGACCAACCGGAAACUACCGACAACGGACGGACUGACUGAAUUCAGCGAACAAAACUCUGCAAAACAUACUAGUACUAGUACUAGCAGUCUAGCAUCAAAAUGUGGAUCGAAGCGCGUGCACUGCAGACUAGACUGAACGAACGAAUGUCUUAGCUAAGGCACGAGCUCUUGCAUCGACUCACUUUCUUUUUUAUAUUUUCCCCAUUCCCGGAGUAGCUAGCGUAGAAUUCAAACUCACUUGUAUCAAGGUGUAUGUAGCAUGUGUGUCCGAACCGAGCAGCGUGGCACAUGCAGUGUUUGACUUUGUGUUUUCA